GCCGAUGCGCCGUCUACGCGCGGCCUUUUCCAGUCCAGUCCAGUCUCUGAAGGUCUCGCAUGCUUCCCCGAUUGCGGAAAAACGCCUGGCGGGGAGCUGACCAGGGCUUCAAAACUGGUGAGAGUUUCACCGAUAACUCUCAGAAGGUCACAUGUUUCCCCGAUUGCGGAAAAACGCCUGGCGGGGAGCUGACCAGGGCUUCAUGCGGAAGGCCGCGCUCUGGCCCAAUAGCUUGGCCGAGCUCUGGCCCAACUCUCGGCCACAUAGGCGUUUUCCGCCGCCCCCGAUUGAUUCAUCAGAGAGGUGCCUGGCUUUGUGAAUGCCGCGCUAGGGUGUUGGGCCCCUGACAAGCCCGCGCCUCACCAGGCAGCCCAGCGCGACAGCGUAGCCCAAGAACAAGAUCCAGGCACCAGCCAAGAUCAAGACUGCAAUUUGAAUUACUUCCCCUGGCUCGGUGGUGGCUGUGGUGUUUGAUGUGGCCGAACUCGUGCCUGUAUCAAUGGUCGUCGUGGCCGUCUUGGUGGUCGUUAUCUCGGUGGUUGUCUUGAUGGUGGUCGUCUCAGUUGUUGUCGCGGUGGUCGUCUCAGUUGUUGUCGCGGUGGUCGUCUCAGUAGUAGUGCUUGACGUCGCGGAACUGGUCGUCUCAGUAGUAGUGCUUGACGUCGCGGAACUCGUGGCCGUCCUGGUGGUGGCGAUGGUGCCGUCGAACACGUGCACGGAGCCAGAGUUGCUGCCGUCGUCGUUGUCGGCAAGGCUGGCCCCCACCACCACGCGGGCCCCGUCGGAACUCACGGCCACCGAUCGUCCGAAACGGUCGGACUCGGCCCCAUCACUCGCCACAAGCUUGAGUAGCCUCUCACCGGUGGUACCGUCCUUGAGCAGCCUCUCGCCGGUGGUACCGUCGAACACGUGCACGCUGCCCUGGACGUCGUCAUAGUAGGCCCCCACCACCACGCGGGCCCCGUCGGAGCUCACGGCCACCGAGAAUCCGAAACAGUCGUAAUCAGCCCCAUCACUCGCCAGAAGCUUGAGCAGCCUCGCGCCGGUGGUACCGUCGAACACGUGCACGGAGCCAGAGUUGCUGCCCUAGUCGUCGUUAUAGUAGGCCCCCAUUAUCACGCGGGCCCCGUCGGAGCUCACGGCCACCGAGACUCCGAAAAGGUCGUCAUUAGCCCCAUCACUCGCCAGAAGCUUGAGCAGCCUCACGCCGGUGGUACCGUCGAACACGUGCACGGAGCCAGAAUCGUCGCCCUGGUCGUCGUCAUAGUAGGCCCCCACCACCACGCGGGCCCCGUCGGAGCUCACGGCCACCGAGAAUCCGAAACCGUCGUAAUCAGCCCCAUCACUCGCCACAAGCUUGAGCAGCCUCACGCCGGUGGUACCGUCGAACACGUGCACGGAGCCAGAAUCGUCGCCCUGGUCGUCGUCAUAGUAGGCCCCCACCACCACGCGGGCCCCGUCGGAGCUUACGGCCACCGAGAAUCCGAAACCGUCGUAAUCAGCCCCAUCACUCGCCACAAGCUUGAGCAGCCUCACGCCGGUGGUACCGUCGAACACGUGCACGGAGCCAGAAUUGGUGCCCUGGUCGUCGUCAUAGUAGGCCCCCACCACCACGCGGGCCCCGUCGGAGCUCACGGCCACCGAGACUCCGAAAAGGUCGUUAUUAGCCCCAUCACUCGCCAAGAGCUUGAGCAACAACUGCGCGCCGCUGGUAGCCUGGCGCAUCCCGAACUCGGCCUGCGGCUCGCGAGGGCGACCGCUCGCCGAGGCCUCCAGCCUCGGGCGGGCCAGCGUCCCGCUCGCCUGCGACCCGCCAGCAGCAGGACCCGCCAGCAGCAGGAGCAGCGCGCCGACGCUGUGAGACGUGCGCAGGCGCAUUAUGCCGUCUGCAGAUGUGCACAGCUGAAAAUCUGAGAGGAACGAGAGACGCCCGAGUGGAGCCCUAGGAGGCCGGAACCUUGAGCCAAAAUCUUCGGACCUU